AUGAAUCAUCUGGAAGCACCGCUGAAUGAGGAUGAUGAGAAUAUUUCCAACAAGUCAAGCGCCAGAAAGGAAGACGAAAAUCUGCCGUCAAAUAAAAGGAUUAUGCCAGGAAGAAAAGCGAAAUCGCUAGUAUCGAGAUACCACGAUGACCUCUACGAUAUAUCCUCACCAGCAAAAAAGCGUGGCCGACGUGAAGUGCUGCAGCAAACCAGCUUACAAACAAACAUCUGCUCUGUCAGUUUGAAUAAUGUGAGAUCAGCGUAUGAGUUUGUUAAAUGUUGA